CUAGUUGGUUGGGAGAUGGAUGUCAUGGGGUGUGAGAGGGUCAGAACUUGGAUCCAGAACUAGUAUAUGUAGGAGAGCAAGGCCUAAUAUUAUCCCAGUUGCUUCCAGGAACACGGAAGAACACGAUGACAGAAUAACAAUUGUGGAGCCGCUUGCUAUCGAAUCGGGAAGGAAUCGUCACAAUAAUACGGGCGAGUUGUAGUGGGAAUUCCAGCUUGAGAAGGUCAUCCUGAGUUUAGGCACUUAGUUGAGUUCAUUAUUGAAGAUAAGCGUUGUGGGAUCGACGGGCUCAACAGAUGGA